UGAAAGACGGUUUCAAAGCGAUUGGUUUCUUGUUUGGUGCGUUCGUGAUACUGAUCGUAGACGGCCUUUCCGUGGUUGUGUGUCUGAUCCCGUGCCCAAACGACCAGUUUCUGUUUCAUUGGCGGACUAUUGAUAAUUUUGGAGCCCGUGGGGGCAUAUACCAAUGGCAAAGAAUCUUGGUGUUCUGCGAGCAGCUUUUGUUGCAUGUAUUCUGGAACCCGCCAAUCUAGUCCACCUCGAGGUGGCAAUAAGAAUUCUUCCAGUGGAAAGGGCCGUUGCCAGUAAAUGAGAAGGAUUCGUUUUUGCUGAUAAGCCAUGAGCAAUUGGUACGGAAGAGAUUGGAGUCGAUCGGAUGUUCCUCCACAAAUUUCGCUAUGGAGGCAUCUCAUAAUGAGAAAUUUGAAGCGACCCUUGUUCCAAUUCUGAGCACAAUAACUUCACCACCACCAUGAUGAGACGGUUCAUCAUCAUCCAUCAAGCAACAACAGCGGCAGUGUUCCUGUCUGUCCUAUUACUAAUAACGACAACACCACAAGUAGUUCAAGCCCAAUUUCCAUUCGACGAGACCAAUGUUCGAACGUACGAUGGUUCCGAUCGACUGCCCGUGGACAACUACGGCAAAGCCCACGAGAGUCUCGCCCGCCUGGUCCCUGCAUUUUACCCCGACGACACGGGCGAAACCAUUGAAUCCACGUUCAAUCCCCGCGAUGUCAGCAACACGGUCUGUGCUCAGGAUGUGACCACCUUGAGCGAUCGGGGUCUGUCGGCCAUGGUCUGGCAAUUUGGACAACUCCUCGAUCACGACAUUGGAUUGACCGAAGGCGGCGCCGCCUUUGGAGAUGCCUCGGUCAGUUGUAACGACCAAGAUGACAUGUUCCGACAAGCCGGAUGUGACAGAGUCCAAUUCUCGCGUUCGGAAUUCACCAUGGUCGACAGCAAACGCGAACAACCCAACAUGAUUACCGCCUUUAUCGAUGCCUCUUUUGUCUAUGGCAGUGAUGCCACUCGCGCCACUCGAUUGCGCACGGGAACCAAUGGCAAAAUGCAAAUGACAAGUACCACCAAAUCACGCGACUUGUUAAUGUUCAAUUAUGCCAACAAUCCACUGCCCAAUGCCGGAGGGAAUUCCACUACGCUCUUUGUGGCGGGAGAUAUUCGAGCCAAUGAACAGGUUGGAUUGACCAGUAUGCAUACACUAUUUGUCAGAGAACACAAUCGAUUGGCUGACUUGAUCCAAGCCACAUGGAGCGAUGCCACGGACGAACAAAUCUAUCAAUUGGCGAGGAAAAUUGUGGGAGCUGAAAUGCAGAUCAUCACCUACAAAGAGUGGCUACCAGCUCUCAUGGGGAGCGAUGCCCCUUCGCUGGAUGAUCAUUCCUUUAGCAGGUCGGUCGAUCCACGCAUGCUGACCGAGUUCACCACGGCCAUUUUUCGAUUUGGACAUUCACUCCUACAACCCACACUCACAUUGGGAUACACCAAGACAGCCACCAGUAGUCUUCCACUGCGCAGCGCCUUCUUUAACCCAUCGUUCUUGUCCAAUACCCCGGAAAAUGUAGAUCUACUCUUGGGAGGACUCUUGAUGGAUCGAGCCCAAGAGCUGGAUAUUUUUGUCACUUCUGAAGUGCGGAACUUUUUGUUUGCGAUUGAUGCCGACACCCCAGCCUGUCUGGAUCUCGCUACGCUCAAUAUCCAGAGAGGAAGGGACCAUGGUCUUCCAACUUACAACAUGCUGCGGGAAGCAGUUGGUCUGAGUGCCAUGGCUGAUUUCGCCAGCAUUACCAAAGAUACUUACGUACAAGCGCUCUUACAUGCCGCUUACGGAGGAGACGUCAACAUGGUCGAUGCCUGGGUAGGAGCUCUCGCAGAAGAUCAUCGGUCAGGAUCCUCCAUGGGAGAGCUCGCCACGACGAUGAUGCAGAUUCAAUUUACUCGACUCCGUGAUGGUGAUCCAUUCUUUUUCAAAGGUGAUUUAGAUUUUACCAAUGGCAACAUGCAACGCAUUUUUGAUCCCAACAGCUUUUCCUUUGCCAAACUGCUGCGAGACAACACCGACAUUCCCAGUGUUGCGGAUAAUGUCUUUAUCAUCACAUCCGAUGAUUCCUGCGGCUUGGGGUAUCUCGAUGUGGAUGUGUCGUGA